UCACCUAAUUCAUACAAACAGUUGCCCAUUGGCCUUUGCCCAAGUCCUUAUAAGGGCACACACUUCCACUCUCAUUUCUCAGAAUCCCAUUUCAGCCCUCCGAGAAACCAGAAAGUCUUUCGGCAUCUGAAAUCAUGGCAAAAUCUACUUCUCUUUUGUUACUUCUCUCCCUAUUAUUCUUCACUACCACAGCCAUGGCCGCCGCCACCACUAAGCGCUCUGCAGACACAACCUUUAUUAAAACCUCAUGCAAAUCCACCACUUACCCCGCUCUCUGCGUGCAGUCUCUCUCCACCUACGCCUCCACAAUCCAAAAAAGCCCACGCCAGCUUGCUCUCACGGCCUUGUCUGUGAGCCUGACGAGGGCACAGUCCACUAAAUCAUACGUCACAAAGCUGAAGAAGUUCAAGAACCUGAAGCACAGGGAGGUUGAAGCCAUUGCAGACUGCCUGGAAGAGAUGGGCGACACCGUGGAUCGGCUCAGCAAGUCGGUGCAGGAGUUGAAGCACAUGGGUCAAGCCAAAGGUCAAGACUUUUUGUGGCACAUGAGCAAUGUGGAGACCUGGGUCAGUGCGGCUCUCACUGAUGAAAACACUUGCGUUGAUGGGUUCGCUGGCAAGGCCUUGAAUGGGAAGAUUAAGGAUUCUAUUAAAGCUCAAGUUGUUAAUGUUGCUCAAGUUACUAGCAACGCUCUGGCCUUGAUUAACAAGUUUGCUGCAACACAUUGAGCGGCCAUGGAUGUGGGUGAAAAAGCUCCAAGUUUUUGAUCCAUGGGUUGGUUUUGAUGUACAAAUUAAGUUUGUUUAAUAGUGUUAUGUAUGAAAUAUUAGUGUUUCGAUUUGA